AUGGAACGCCCCCGCGACGAUUCGCCGUCCGGUCUCUCAGAUUAUGCCGAGGGCGAUGGCCUUUUGGGCACCGGCCUCACGACCCGGCAUAUCGAGGCGUUCGGGCGAAAGGUCACGUCAACAGCAGGGCACUUGAUCGGACCGGACCAAAGUCACCCGCAGCACUUCCACCAUGCCAUGACCGAUAUCCACCGCGAGCUGCGCCGGCCGACGGCACAGCGCAAGGUCUUUUCCUUGACCCAGACGACUCCGACCGACCUUGUGCGCUCGAAGCUGUCGACCUCCGAAAUCCAGUCCCGCGCUAUCUCGUCGCUCCCGGACGACCUCCUCGCCAACCUGCCGGAGGAUUCCAGCUCUUACUCUCUGUUCCAAGGCUUCCAGGCCUCGCUCCCUGAAGAUGAACAUGAGCACCGCCGAUCGCACCGCAGGCGCUCCAAGGGAUCGAAGCUCCUGAAAGACAGUGAAAAGGGCGGCGCCUUACCACCGGGCCCGGCCGGGCUGAAGGACGAGCGCAAAACGCUGGGUCGCCGAUUAGAGAUGAUGGGCAUUCGGAAGAACAUGUGCAGUGCCGAGAUUUACGAGAUCGACAACAAGAUCGCCAAUUUACACAACAUGCGCAAAAUUGUGCUCGAUCGGUUGGCCGGCCUGGAAAUGGAUGAGGCAGCAUUGGAACACGACAUCACCGAACUCGAUAUCAAGCUGGAGGAAAUCCGAGAAGAAGACACACCAGACACCUCCGUUGCGGCCGCGACCCCCAAGUCCUCCGAAGGCCAGGAAGAUUCGAUCGGAUCCUCGGGAGACCCGGCCAUGGAUGCUUCUUUCAUGUCUGAAUCGAUCUAUGAGAAGCUACCAUCUCCCUCCCCGAAGAGCUUACGGCACCGGUCUAUACGGAAACGGUCGAUGCCAAUUCUGCACGAGCAUUUUGCGGCGGGCUCUCUGAUUAAAGAAAUCGAAGCGCACACCGAUAUGGUUACCGCCAUUGACCUGGACUAUCCAUUCGGCACCAUGGUCAGUGCAGCAUUAGAUGACACCGUGCGGGUUUGGGAUAUGAAUGUUGGGCGAUGCUCGGGGUUCCUGGAGGGCCAUCAUGCCUCUGUUCGGUGCUUGCAGGUAGAGGAUAACAUCGUGGCGACAGGAUCCAUGGAUGCAACAGUUCGGCUGUGGGAUUUGAGCCGUGCUCGCCCCACGACCCAUGACGGACGGCUCAACAGACACGAGCGCGACCAAGAGGAAACACUCGAGCAUACCUCUCCCGUGCCGCCCUCAUCCGAUCUCAGUGACUGCCAUGUCUUCUCGCUAGAGGCCCACGUCGACGAAGUGACCGCACUCCACUUCCGUGGCGACACCUUGAUCUCCGGCUCUGCAGACAAGACGUUACGGCAAUGGGAUCUGGCCACAGGGCGAUGCGUUCAAACCCUGGACGUCCUGUGGGCUGCAGCUCAGGCCUCGUCGUCACUGACCGGAGAUGGAAGCUGGCGACCUUCGGGCCGUCUGCCGGACGCAUCCGCUGAUUUUGUCGGGGCUGUGCAAUGUUUUGAUGCUGCCUUGGCGUGCGGUACAGCCGAUGGCAUGGUGCGUCUCUGGGAUCUCCGGAGUGGCCAUGUCCACCGGAGUCUGGUGGGCCAUACCGGACCGGUUACCUGCCUUCAAUUCGACGAUGUGCACUUGGUCACGGGUAGUUUGGAUCGCAGCAUUCGGAUUUGGGAUCUGCGCAUGGGAUCCAUCUACGACGCCUAUGCCUAUGACAAGCCGAUCACCAGCAUGAUGUUUGACUCUAAACGGAUUGUCGCAGCUGCCGGGGAGAACGUAGUUAAGGUCUACGAUAAGGCCGACGGCCAUCACUGGGACUGCGGCCCCGGCGUUGGAAUUGACGACGAAGGACCAUACCCUGCGACCGUGGAGCGGGUGCGACUCAAGGAUGGAUAUCUCGUUGAAGGCCGCAAAGAUGGCACCUUGGCUGCCUGGACAUGCUAG